AUUUCAAAAGAAAUUGCUUAAUGACAACCAAGAUGCAGAACCAACCAAAAUGUUACAUAUUCAUUUGUUGAAUUCAAAUGAAGUAGACUUGAAAGAAACUAUCACCAGUCUGCAGCAUGAAAAGGGAAGUGUUGAUGAGAAUGCCACUGGUCAGCAACAACCAAGUUCAGACAAAAGAGUGCAUAUGGUAAUGGCAGAAGAGAAGGUUCAUGAGGAACAAGCAGGAUCUAAGAAAUAUAGAAAGGAUGUGCCUAAUUAUUUUGUUGCAAUCCCAGUAACAAGUGAGCAGAUUUUAGAUAAAAUUGAAGAUGUCCAAGAGCUUAUAUUCACUAAAGAGCCUAAGCUGUUGAAAGCAUUGAUUCCAGUCCAAACUAUGCAUCUAACCAUUAUUGCAGCUCAUUUGAGAACAGAUGAAGAUGUGAAAAGGGCUGUUUCUGCUCUAGAGCACAGCAAGGCCAAAGUGCAAACUCUGUUGCAGGGGAAACUCUUUAGCAUGACAUUUCAGGGGAUUGGCCAGUUUAACAACCAAGUGGUCUAUGUUAAAAUGUCAGAGGAUGAACAGCAAAUGCUAAGCAAAAUUGCAGAAGCCGUGGAGAGCUCUUUUAUGGAAAUGAAUGUAGACAUCACAGCCAGCAACGACUUCAGACCACACCUGACAUUUCUGAAACUGUCUAAAGCACCUGCAUUGAGGAGGAAGGGCUUCAGAAAAAUUCAUGAAGACCUUUAUACAGAGUAUGAAGAAAGCCCUUUUGGCACAGAGAUCUUAAACAGAAUUGAUCUCUGUGCCAUGCAUAAAAAGAAGCAGGAUUCUGGUUACUACCACUGUGAACAUUCAAUUUGUGUAGGACCUUCAAGUUCAGAAGAUAAUGAGGAUAAGGAAGAGCCAGGUGAUGAUCCCAGAGAGGAAGUUCAUUGUGUGUCUCUUUCAGACCACACUAAAGCAAAUUGUGGACGCAAAGAUUCUGCAUCUCAAAAUCAUUAAGAGAUAGAUGGAAAUGUUGAGGAGGUUUCUUCAGCCACAAGGGUAAGCAAAUAAUAAUAUUAAUAAUAAAAUUGACAUGCGCAUGAGAGAUACAAAAACUAGAGCCAAAGAUGAAACUUUCACCGGAGACGGAAUGGAACUGUUGCCAGCAAAUCCAGAAGCAUGAAAGACAAAGGGGAAAACAGCAAUGACAGAUGGUCACUCGGGAGAAGUUGGAGCAAGUAAAAGCUCUUCAGAAGCUAGCUAUUAAUGCACAAGGGUACAAAAUG